AUGCAGGUGAUCGCCUCUAUUGUCAAGCACUACAUUGAGGGGCUGGUGUGGGUCAUGAAGUACUACUACGACGGGGUGGCGUCAUGGAACUGCUCGGCGCACGACCUGGCGCGGCUGCUGCUGCGGUACUACCCCUACCACUACGCCCCCUUUGCCAGCGACUUAGUGGGCCUGGCCGGCAUGGAGAUUGUGCUGCACCAGGGGACGCCCUUCAAGCCAUUCAACCAGCUCAUGGGGGUCCUGCCCGCCCGCAGCUCCCACUGCCUGCCGGAGCCGUGGCUGUUUUCAGACCCCGAGUCCCCCAUCCUGGACUUUUACCCGACAGACUUUGCUGUGGAUAUGAACGGCAAGAGGUUCGCCUGGCAGGGGGUCUGCCUGCUGCCCUUCAUCGACGAGGAGCGCCUCCUCGAGGCCGUGGCCCCCCUGGAGGAGAAGCUCAGCCCCGAGGAAAAGUACAGGAACUCCAAGCGGACUGAUCUGCUGUACGUCCACGGGGGCGCCCACCCCCUGGGGGCCGUGAUCGCCAGGCUGGCGCAGGAGUUGGGGGGGCUGGGGGAUGAGGAGCGCGCGGCGCAGCCCGGGGAGCCCCUCGACCCCGAGGCCUCCCGCUGCAUCAACGGCCGCCUGCUGCUGGCCGCCGGCGACCCGAAGCCGCCCGUGGUGCGCGCCCCCUACUCGCUGGGCGAUGAUGUCACCGGCAACGCGGUGACGGUGGCGGUGUACCGGCUGCCGGAGCACAAGCGGCACGAGUGCCGGCUGAUGGAGGGGACCGUGCUCGAGGGGUGA